GCGGCAAGGAUGGCGGCGGCGUCGUGGGCUCGGUGGAGAUGAGUGCCCGCGGCCCCAGGCCCAGGGCGGCGUGGCCGAAGUGGGCGGGGGUCCCGAUGCAGGCCCGAGGGGGGCCAUGGGGCAGGUCCUGCCGGUCUUCGCCCACUGCAAAGAAGCUCCAUCUACAGCCUCCUCUACCCCUGACUCCACGGAAGGAGGAAACGACGACUCGGAUUUUCGGGAGCUGCACACAGCCCGGGAGUUCUCGGAGGACGACGAGGAAGAGACCACUUCGCAGGACUGGGGCACCCCCCGGGAGCUGACCUUCUCCUACAUUGCCUUCGACGGCGUGGUGGGCUCCGGAGCGCGCCGGGAUUCAGCUGCCCGCCGGCCCCGGCCCCAGGGCCGCUCGGUCUCGGAACCGCGAGACCCACCCGCUCAGCCUGGCCUGGGCGACAGCUUGGAGAGCAUCCCCAGCCUGAGCCAAUCCCCGGAGCCCGUGCGCCGGGGAGAUCCGGAUACUGCCCCUCGGGCCGAGCGCCCCCUGGAGGACCUGGGGCUCCAGCUGGACCAGCUGGACUGGGCGGGCCGGGGAGCGGGGUCUGGGGAGGACUCUGCCACCAGUAGCUCCACCCCGCUGGAAGACGAGGAGCUCGACGGAUCAGAGGCUAGAGAAGCUGGGAAAGAACUGGACCUACAACUCAGACUCGCUCAGUCCUCGCCGCCCGAAGUCUUGACUCCACAGUCCAGCCCUGGCUCUAGGACCCCCCAGGCCCGUACCCCGUCCCCACCCAGAUCCCGGGAUUCGAACUCUUGGCCUGAUGAGCCCUCGCUGGACGAGAAAGAGGAAGAGCCGUGGGGGCAGCUGGAUCGGAAGCCAAUCACGGGGCAGUGCCUUGUUAGCACGGACCAAUCAGAAUUCACAUCGGAACCACACCUUCUAGUGGCGGACCUGCUGUACUGGAAGGACACGAAGACAUCAGGAGUGGUCUUCACAGGUCUCAUGAUCUCCCUGCUGUGCCUCCUGCACUUUAGCAUCGUGUCCGUGGCCGCCCAUGUGGCCCUGUUGCUGCUCUGUGGCACCAUCUCUCUCAGGGUUUACCGAAAAGUGCUGCAGGCCGUGCACCGGGGGGACGGUGCCAACCCCUUCCAGGCCUAUCUGGAUGUUGACCUGACCCUGACUCGGGAGCAGACGGAACGUUUGUCCCGGCAGAUUGCCUCCCAAGUGGUCUCUGCAGCCACCCAGCUGCGGCAUUUCUUCCUGGUAGAAGACCUCGUGGACUCCCUCAAGCUGGCCCUUCUCUUCUACAUCUUGACCUUCGUGGGUGCCGUCUUCAAUGGUUUGACUCUCCUCAUUCUGGGAGUGAUUGGCUUAUUCACCAUCCCCCUGAUGUACCGGCAGCACCAGGCCCAGAUCGACCAGUAUGUGGGAUUGGUGACCAAUCAGUUGAGCCACAUCAAAGCUAAGAUCCGAGCAAAGAUCCCAGGGACCGGAGCCCUUGCCUCGGCAGCAGCCGCAGUCUCCGGAUCCAAAGCCAAAGCCGAAUGAUAGGGUGUCUCUGCCUGCGGGACGCCUGCCCUCACCCCCUGAAGCCCUCUGCUCCCCUCAAUCUCCCUUUCAUCCCACCCUCGUCCCUCCUCAGCCCCAGCCAUUUCCGGGUGGGUGUCUGGAUCACUCACACCAGGGAGUUAGCGCAAAUUGCCUGAGCGGCCAGGACUACAUUUCCCAAGAGGCUCUGCUCUAGGAGUCCGGGAAAAGCGAGGCACCUUGGCCGGGGUCCUGCUGGGACUUGUAGUUGCCUAGCUAGGGCACCCGCCCUGCACUUACGUGAACUCGCCGCUGGAGGCGCCGUGAGGGGUUGGUGUCUUCUGGAUGCUACUGGGCCCGACGCCGGGGGCUUUGCAUGGGGCCCAGCGGAGGCCUGAGCUUGGAUUUACACUGUAAUAAAGACUCCUGUGGAAAACCC